UUUAAUUGUUCAAAAUGGCAGCUAAGGCAAAUGCGGACAUUUCUGAGCUGCUGACAUGCUCUGUCUGUUUUGAUGAUUAUAAAGAUCCAAGGACUAUACCUUGUGGUCAUUCCUUUUGUCUACAUUGUCUAGAGAAUAUAUCUGAUAGAAAAAGGGUUUUUGAAUGUCCUGUUUGCAGAGCAGAAACUGCUGUUCCAGAAGGUGGAGCGUCUCAAUUUGUCAUUACUUUUGUCUUAAAGUUACUAAAAGAUGCUGUAGAGAGGACAGAAGGGGAGGAAGAGUAUCAUUUCUACUGUGAGAAGUGCCGCGAGCUUCUCACAUAUCAAACGGCUGCUACAACUCAUCAAGGUCACAAAUAUCACAAUAUUCAAGUCUCGUACGCUAAUCAUUUAGAAGCACUCAAAAAAUCUCUCAUUUGUCUAAGGGCGAGAACAGAAGACGUGGCGGCUGAUAGGGAAGUCUUGCUUCAAGUGGAGAGUGACAUUCUCAAGCAGAAAGAACAAAUAAGAGAAGAGAUAGUUACAGUA